UACACUUUAAGUAACUCUUAUUAACUUAGCAAAGGGAUGUUAGCCGUCGACAUUUUUCCCAGAUGUUCUAAUUAUGUUUCAUUGUUAGACGAUUGAUCUGGACUCAAGCUGUAGGCCUACCAGUCAGAUGAGUAACUCAGUGGAGGAGGUGAGACACCAUAUCAAUACUCUACAACAGCCCAGUACGUCAGAUGCAGUUUCUGUACAGGUAUAAAACAGCACACAUCACCUUCAGCAGCCUUACCAUGUCCUGUCCUCUAUGGUACGAGACCUGCUUCAUGUCCGUGUGACAGCAGACUCAUGGAUCAAGGGUAUUAAUGACACCAGCACGAUGUAUAACCUUAGACGUAUUGUUGCUAGGAGGUAAGGUGUGUCCUACCCACAUUAAUAAAACAGGGAGUACUCCUAACUAGAGGUUCUGUCUGUCAGAGUCUCUCAGGGCGGGGCCGGAGCGACCAGGAGGUCUCUGGAGGGCCCACUCCUUCUCAUCCAGAGAUCGACCCCCCCGGAGGAAGAGUAGAGAGGGGCUCUGCAGUCCAGGAGGAGGUCUCAUUGGGUUAGCUCUGAUCCCACCACUGCUUCCCUGCAAUAACACCUUGUUGUGCACGUAUAGUCUGUAACUGUGUGUGUGUGUGUGUGUGUGUGUGUGUGUGUGUGUGUGUGUGUGUGUGUAUCAGUUCUCCAUGAACAUAUGAAGGGCUCAAGUGUUUAUUCAAGAGGGAGGAACCUGAGAAAUGUUCUCAGAGUUAACUACCAAGAACCGGAAGUACCUAAGGAUGACGACUACUUCUUCUGUGAUGAGUGUAGGACUUUCUUCCUCGAAGAGUGCGAGGUCCACGGUCCUAUCGUCUUCAUGGCUGAUCGCCCCGUUGCUGUCAGAGAGAAAGACAGAGCCAAGAAGACGCUGCCCGCUGGGUUUGAGAUCAGAGAUUCUGGGAUCCCUGGGGCCGGUCUAGGGGUGUUUUACUGUGGAGACGGUGGCCUUCCCAUUGGAACACACUUUGGACCCUACGAAGGACACAGGACAGAUGAAGAGGGAGCCCUGGAGAGUGGAUACUCCUGGGAGAUCUACAAGAGCAGACACAGUGAUUACAUUGAUGCAAAGAGAGAGACACUUUCUAACUGGAUGAGGUACGUCAAUUGUGCUCGUAAUGAAGAGGAACAGAACCUAAUAGCGUUUCAGUACAAAGGAGGGAUUCUGUAUCGCACCUGUGGCCUCGUGACUUCAGGAGCAGAGCUCUUGGUCUGGUAUGGGGACGAAUACGCCAGACAUCUGGGAAUCGGAUUUGAUCGACUGUGGAACAACAAGAGCUCUACUAAAGGAGGGAGAUCCCAGCUGGCACCAGCACAGGCUUUCCCCUGUCCCGAGUGUCCGUACUCCUACACGUCUCAGAUCUUCCUCCACAAACACAUGAAGAGGAGCCAUGGCGACCUGUACGGCCGACUGCUGAGGAGUGGAGAAAUCAAGGUGGAGCCCAGUCUCCUCCCAUACGUCGCAGCCUCCUAUCAAGAACCGAUCGGAGCCUCCCCGGGAACCGUCCAAAGCACGAGCCAGAUUCCAGCAGAAGGAGCCGGACGCCACAGAUGUGAGAAGUGCAGUAAAACCUUUAGUCGCUCUGAUAGUCUGAAGGUUCACCAGCGCAUCCACAUGGGAGAGAAACCAUACCACUGUCAACAGUGUGGGAAAACAUUUAGUACAUCUGGUGAACUCAAGAGACACCAGAUCAUUCACACGGGAGAGAAACCAUACCACUGUCAACAGUGUGGGAAAACAUUUAGUAGAUCUGACGAACUCGAGAGACACCAGAUCAUCCACACGGGAGAGAAACCAUACCACUGUCAACAGUGUGGGAAAACAUUUAGUCAGUCCGGUGAUCUGAAGGUACACCAGCGCAUCCACACAGGAGAGAAACCAUACCACUGUCAACAGUGUGGGAAAACAUUUAGUAAAUCUGGUAAUCUAAAGGUACACCAACGCAUCCACACAGGAGAGAAACCAUACCACUGUAAACAGUGUGGGAAAACAUUUAGUCAAUCUUGUCAUCUCAAAAGUCACCAACAACUUCACAGAGGAGUCUCCACCCAAACAACCACGUGAAGAAACUAAAUGGUUCCCAGACAUCUGUUAUUCAAAUCUAAUCAAACAUGGUUCUUCCUGUUAUAUGUUAAAAGGGCACAUGAACGGUUAAUUGUUUAUCUUAUCAACUUUAUGUAUUUAUUUAUAUUCAUGUCUGUAUGAGUGAAGGUUUUUACCCAAAAAAUGUUCAGAAGAAAAAUAGUUUGAGAGUAAGGUAUCGUAGAUCUGACGUCAUUGUUAUAUUUAUUACAUUUGUAUGUAUUUAUUUAUCCUUGUGAAAAAGAGCUUUCUUCACGCACGUUGUUGUUACAAUGCAUCUCUUUACUUAAAACACAGCACAACUGUCGAGUCACUUGCACAACUCCAGCCCCUCCAGUCUAAAACUCUGAGAGGGGUCUGGCUGCAGACAUCCACCCACACGCUCCAGACAUCCACCCACACGCACUUCCGCUGCAGACAGAAACAUCCACCCACACGCUGGAAAUUGCGUGCUGGUGGAUGUCUGGAGCGCGAGUUGCACAUUAUUCAACAGCGCCCCCUCGGGUCACACUUUUCGGUGGGUCGCAGAAUUCGGUGUAACAACGGGACUCACUGCACGAAGAUAUUACACAGGGGAAGAGCAUAUUUGUGGCUGAUCUCAAUGCUGUUCCGACUUGGCGAUAUCCAACAGCAUGUGACCCACUUUCAAGUUUACCUGUAAGUCUAUUAUGCCCUACUGGUUUCAAUUUAAAUGAUAAACUCAGGGAACUUAAAACCACACCCAUUUACAAUAAAUGCAUAAAUCAGAACAAUCGGGAAGAGAAGUUGCAGGACAAUAAGUUGUUAUUCUAAAAAUUCUGUCUAUAUAUUCUUCCUGUAUUUUCACAGUUUAUUUUCAACUUUUUUCCUUAUUAUUAGGAUGAUGUUUACUUCAGAGACGCUGUUGUAAUUCCUGUUUGGAAACCUGGACAUUUCUUGUUAUCUGCAAGUAGCGAUACUAACUAUGACAUGUGACUUUCAUUAAGCAAAUUAUGAAAUUACGAAAAUAGACCAAACUACCUCUUGCACACUGAGUGUACUCCAAAUUGUACUUAUUUAAUGCACAUAGUGGUAUCUUUGAGCACAACUGCUCUACUUUUUUUUUUCUAAACUUUCAUUUAAUGUUCUGAAAAAUAAUCAGUAGGCCUAUUCCAUAUUAGACUGUUCAGUGAUUGAGUUGGUAUUGUGUUGUGUUGUCUUGUCAUCUCACGCAAUGUUAUGUAAUUGUCAUAAACUGCAAUCAUAGGUUUUGAACACAGGCCAGAGAGAGAUAUUCUUUCUGGAUUCCAAAUGUGAACAUGCACAGUUUGGAAUUGGCGAUCUAGAAAUGAGAGAACUGUUGAGGUCACUAACACAAACUUGCAUGAUGGUUCUUAUUGAUGUUCCUGAUUGAUGCAGUUUCAAUGCCUUUCUGUUUGUUCCAAAAUGUUUGUUCUCCAGAUCAUUUUCUAAUCUGUAUAGCAGCCAUUUUAUGGUGCUGCUUAUCUAUAACAUGAAUAUUGGAUAUCAACUUAACCUUAGAAUUUAACAAGAAAUGUCCACACACUGUGAACUCCUAAACCUACAAUAAAUUGAAACCGCUAAGUGAGUUUAUAUAAUGGUACCAUAAAAAGCCUGCUGAAAUGGUGUGUGUGACUGCAUGAAGAUCUUGUUCCUGACUAAAUAGAUUGCGUCAUGUGUGCGGUACAUGAAAAACGGCCAUAUUUUGCAUGAUUGAUAUGCUCUAAAUGCUGCUGUCUGUUCCAUUUUAGAAACCUUUGUCAGUCUCUCAGCCCUGGGCCAUGGAAAGAGACGACUGGUUUGGACAUCGAGGGCUUUCCACGGCAAAAGUAUGGCAUCGACUGUGGCAUCUUCAUGUUGAUGUAGGCCUAUGCCCUUUACAAAGUCAUGGAUGCACCCUUUGACUUCACUGUUACUGAUAUGCCAUCGUUGAGAAAAUGGUGGUAUAUCAUGCUGAUUGAAAAUCUUGACCUUGGAAGCCAUGGCAAACUCUUUGCCCACUGGACUGACACAUCUAAGGCUCUUCUUCGGGGUGAGGUGCCACCAGUUUUUAAACUGAAGAAGAGAAGGCGAGAUGACAUUGAUGAGGGGCCACUUGACAACAUUGUGGCUGGAGUUGCCUGGCUGCGUCAGAAUGCAGGUUUGCUCAGGGGGAAGGUGGUCGAGCCCACAUUUCCGAAUAUGGACGCAAAAGAACAGCAGGAGCUCCUGGAAAGGAUACGUUCUUCAACUGAUGAAGAAGAAAAGUAUCCCCUGCUCUUCACAUUUGAUUUUCAGGAAGACAUGGAGGUCUUCCUUAACAUGGCAGCUGAGGAGGAUCUUCGGGUCAACGCCAUGUUUCUGGGUCGCUGGGUGGACAGCCAGUGACAUUGCUCUCUGUGUGUGUGUGUGUGUGUGUGUGUGUGUGUGUGUGUGUGUGUGUGUGUGUGUGUGUGUGUGUGUGUGUGUGUGUGUGUGUGUGUGUGUGUGUGUGUGUGUGUGUGUGUGUGUGUGUGUGUGUGUGAGGUUCUGAGUUCAGUUAUCUGUUGAGUGUUCUUAAUAAAGUGUUAUAACGUUUACAAUGUAUUGAUUUUUUGUGUGACUUUACUUAUUCACUUUGGUUACACACAGAGCUAAGUUAAAACACAGACUUGAGUUUGUCGUAUUUAAAUAUGGGCAAAUAAGGUGGUCCAGCAGCACAAGGUAAGACAAUAUUAUAGACGAUUAGAGCCAGAUAUUAAAUGAAUGAUGGUUCAGAGUAAGAAUUUAGGAAUGUAAAAGUGCUAAUAACAUGAUAAAUUAUGUUGGAAUGCAGUCGAACCUUAUGUUAAGACAACAGAAUGUAACAUAGCUAGACCUAAUAUAAAUAUGUCAGAAAAGGUGAAGCUAAAGGGGAAUUGUUCUAUCUAUUCCUGUCCACUCAUACA